AUGGCCACCAUAAUUCGUAAUGUUUGGAAUUUCAAUGUUCUACAAGAAUUUAAAAUCAUUGAUAAGCUCAUCCCACUAUCAUCUUAUGCAUCAUUUGAUACGGAAUUUCCGGGAACAAUCUAUCGCCCGAAUAUCCCCAAACCCUUUAUUUCUUCGCUCUCUUCAAGCGACAACUACAUAUUGAUGAAAGCUAACGUAGAUAUUCUCAAAUUAAUCCAGGUUGGCCUCACUCUCUCUUUUGUACCCGACCCACAUUCUGGUAUUGUCACUUCAUUCGUUUGGCAAUUCAAUAUCAAUGAUUUCGACGUGGAUUCAGAUUUUCAGAACCCUGACUCCAUCAUUCUUUUAAAAGAACAUGGAAUCAACUUUGCCAGAAACAAAUCCUAUGGCAUUAGUUCAUAUUUGUUCGGCAAUCUUCUAAUCAGGUCGGGUCUUUUAUGUCGUGCUCGUCAUCUUACAUGGGUGACCUUCCACGGAGCUUAUGAUUUUGGGUUCCUUGUCAAGAUCCUGACACAAAGGCCACUUCCACCUAACUUGGUCAUGUUCAGGUUUUGCAAAGGGCUCUAUGGAGGUUUAAGCCGAGUAGCGGAAAUGCUAAAUGUGGAGAGGAUUGCAGGCCAGAGCCACCAAGCUGGAUCUGAUAGUCUUCUAACAAUGCAUGUGUUUUUCAAGCUUAGAGAAGUUCACUUUAAUAGGCAAUCCGAUGAUCAUCUUUGUUUGUUCAAGAACAUUCUUUAUGGACUCCAAUUGCCAGUCCUACAUCAACCCCGUCCCAUGCUGACAGUAGGGACAGUACCCAUUUGGCCGCAAUCUUCUAGUGUAGUUAUUUAUAAUGUCUAA